GCUCUACGUUUGUGUGGGGCGGAGAGCUGGAAAGUUGGUACAGUGUGUGCACAGUUGCUAAACAAAGUGGCCAUACGGCUCAUUUUUCAGCGACCUGGCUGAUAACUGUAACGCGUUGAUGCGUGUUCUGUGGUCAGAUAUGCCUUCUUGGAAAAGUGAAAAACAUGCUUCACACAGCUUCUGGAUGCAGUUUAUCGAAGCUCUGGUGGUUUUCUCUCUGUGUGCCAAAAUAUGUGGAUGCUCUGACGUAGAUGAAUUGAUGUCCACAUAUCCACUGAUUGAUGGUCACAAUGACCUCGCUCUCCAGUUGAGGAUUCGUCACAACAACUACCUAAGCCAAGUUGACCUCCGUAACCUCUCCAAAGUAUCCACAGACAUAUCCCGUUUCAAAGCAGGGCAUGUGCAGACACAGAUGUUUGCUGUCUACGUACUGUGUGGUGCUCAGCAGAAGGAUGCUGUGAGGCUUACUCUGGAACAAAUAGAUGUGGUGAGACGUAUGUGCACUGAGUACCAGGAGUUUGAACUGGUCACAUCUGUCCAGGAGCUAAAAGAUUCUAAGGACAAGGGUAAGAUAGCCUGUUUAAUAAGUAUCGAAGGAGGCCACUCUAUUGACAGCAGCCUUCCUGCCCUGCGGAUGUUUUACCAGCUUGGAGUCCGCUCCAUGGGUCUCACGCAUUCUUGUAAUACACCCUGGGCUGAAUCAUCCUCAACUUUUUACCCUGUAUAUAAGAGGGAGAAUAACAGCCUGACAUCCUUUGGGAAGGUCGUAGUCGAGGAGAUGAACAGACUCGGAAUGAUAGUGGACCUCUCCCACACCUCGUGGAACACAUCCUUUGCUGUUCUGAGUCACUCUAAGGCUCCGGUUAUUUUUAGCCAUUCCUCUUCCUACUCCAUAUGUAACCACAGCCGCAAUGUUCCUGACAAUCUGCUACUUGAACUGAAAAAGAACCAAGGGUUGAUCAUGGUGAAUCUCCACAACACAUUUGUUUCCUGCAUAGAUGAGGCUAACAUCUCUCAUGUGGCUGACCAUUUUGAUUACAUUAAGAAAUUGAUUGGAGCUGAAUCAAUAGGAAUUGGAGGGGAUUAUGAAGGUGCUACAAGCUUCCCUCAUGGGUUAGAGGAUGUCUCAAAAUACCCAGCCCUAAUCCAGGAACUGCUGAGAAGAAACUGGACUGAGAAUGAGCUGGCUGGUGUCCUUCGACGUAACUUCUUGCGUGUGUUUGAACAGGUUGAGAGGGUCCGUGAUCAGUUGAGUUCAAAUCUACCAAGUGAGGUCCAGAUUCCAUUUGAAGAGGCACACAACCCAUGCAGGCUAGUCCUUAGACGUCCAGACCCAAGAAGCCUGCCCUCAGAUCAGUCCUCUGGAGCAGAAGGUGGAUUACCUGGUCUGUUAAUCCUUGCCACAGUUCUGGUGCUUUCCAGAAUAUUUUUGAUUGAAUGAAUAUUAACAAUCUCAGUUCAGCCGUAUCAUUCUUUUGAAGUUGUAUAGAAAGGAGUACACAGAAAGGAGUGUCACAGUGCUGCACAUCAGUGGAGAUUAGGAGGAAUUUAAUGACUUUAAUGUCUAACCUCAUUUUUGCUAUAAUUAAAAUGCAAACUCCUGUACAUACGUUAAUAAAUUAAUUAAAAAUUCAGAAGAUGUCUGAAAGAGACCUCUUGGUUUUAUCUUUUUUUUUUUUUAAUUCACUAUUUAUUUUGUUAUUUAGUUGGCAGAACAUUUUUUUCAUGAUGUCCAUAGAAGAUUACAAAAUAUAAUAGAAUGAUAAACUUGAUAAAUAUAACUUUAGAGAUUAUACUUUGUAUCUAGGAUUGACUAGGAAACAGCUUAGAAGCUGAGGUUGUCUACUUAAGUUUAUAAUGCUUCAAGCACUUUAACAAAGUUGUACAGAAUAUCAGUUUCAAAGCAAAUAUUUGUUCUAUUUACUCUCAUAGCAUAAGACAAUAUUAUGGUUUUACGUCAUUCAUGUAGCCUUGUUGCUCACAACCCAAUGGCAAUAAAUUUGAUAAAUAUCUGCUUUGGUGUGCUCACUUGAGGUGGUGAUGUUGAUCUUCGUGUAAUCAUAGGAUUUGACUUGGUAGUUUUAUUGCUUCUUAAAAACCUACAGUUAUGAAUGAAAUAAAAUACGACUCUAUUAAAGUUCCUAUUGAAGUAGUGGACUGUGCCAGAAAUACAGUAACCAAAAAAAAGA